CCUGCCUCAAGCAAGCCGACUUUCCCUCGUCACGCCGAUGGGUCCGGUACCAGGUAGAGAAGCCUUGGAGGCUAUGAAACGAACUGAUAUUCAGAAAUUAUGCAAAGAUUAUGGUGUAAAGGCGAACCUCAAGACAGAGGCACUCAUCGAUCUUCUUCUGGACGCUUCGAGACCGCAACCCUCCCGCUCCAACCCACCGCAACCUCCAGAACGGUCUACUUCCAGGAUUUCCAGUCACUCGGGGAUCCGCCGUGGUUCGUUGAUCAUCCACGGCGCUGGAAAUGAUAUCAUAGAGGAAGGCACUUCAAGUCCUGUGGAGGAAGUCAAGCCGCCGCCGCCGCCUUCCCCUCGACAACUUCCUCGCACACGGAAAGCUAAGGAAUCGCAGUACCGGCUCGGAGUCGGCCGUCCAGUAGUAGCCGGUGGAAGUGGAGCUCGUUCCAUCACGAAAUCAGUCAGCGUGUCGCGAAAAUCGAAAAGGGGUAAGAGCAGUACAUCCGUAAAGCCGUCAGAAGCAACCAUCACAGAAGGUAAUGCGACAGCAAUUUUAUGCAGAUAUGCCAACAAAGAUGAUUCUGGUGUGACUACAAAUGGUGGUCUGCAAUCGGAACCGGUCGUUUCGAAUGAACUUGUGCAGUCUGCAGUCGCAAAAGCCCUUGCUCCCGUCCAAAAAGAACUCGAACUUCAGAAGACUCAGUUGUCCGAACUCAAGGAUAAAGUGUCCGGCAUGAUCGCCUCCUUCGAAAUUCGCAUUCGUGACCUCACAUCCGAAAUACGUGACCUUCGUGCAAAGGCGGUGGGUGCGACCGCAGACACACGGGAUGCUGGCCCAUCUGCGCGAAUUCCUCAGCCCCCCUCAACGCCAAAACGCGUUUGGACCCCUCAUCGGUCGUACUUUGCUUUCGGUGAAAAGGGUGGUCCUUCAGAGCUUUUGAGCGAUUCCUCUGAUCGCGGUGCGCAUGCGCACUCUGAAGCGGGAUCUGGUCUCAAUGUGAAACCCGCUCAAAGUGGUGUUCUUCUCCCGGGGUUCGCACAAUCGACACUCGGGAAGCGUGCCCGGGACUCGACUUCAGAGGAAGACGCGGAAUUACGUGGGCCUGCGGGCUCCGCUGAAACCGAGCUCGAGAUCCGCAUUGGUCGCUCCGCAUCAAAACGCGCGAAAUCACAUACAGAUGACAGUGAAGAUGUGCGAACUACACAGCAGAGACAGUCCCAACCCCUUUCCUGUAUAGGAGAAAUCGAUGAAGUUCCCGAGCUUGAACCUGCGAUUAAAUCCCUUCCAGAACUCUCCUGUGGACCUUCAUCGCCGCCUCCCACGAAUGUGCCAGCCGCGAGCUCCGACCAGUCCGACAGCCAGAACGCGUUUCAUUUUAACUUUCUUCCUACUACAUCCACACCAACUUAUGCCGCAUUUCCGCUUUCAAUGGGAAUGUUCCCACUUCCAGAACGCCCUAUAUCACCUUCCCCUGCAAGCAAUGCGGAACGGGGUCAAGUGGAGGGCUUUGGAUCUUCCACCGUUCCACAGGCGAGUUCGCGAUCAAGUAGUGGGCGAGGUGUUUCGGGAGACUCUCAGAUGUAUACAGAAGCGAGUGGAUCUGGGGGUGUUCGAAGAGUGCCGUCAAGCAAUGAGACUUCGGCAACCGACCCGGAGACCCCUGCACCGCCGGCCAAACGCACCAUGUAUGGCACAGAGUUGGAGGCUGAUACGCGAUUCGGUGACUUUGGCGUAGAGGGCGUUGCGUCUGGUUUUUGGGCUAAAAGCAGAUUUUGACAGAUGUAGGAUUACCAGUGUACUCUAAUUAGUGUAGACCCAGCGUACGUGUGCCUGCGUACUUCCGUAGAUCCACACUCUUCGCUUCUACUGAUAAGGUUUUCUGUGUCUUUUAUGUAAUUCAUAACAAACAGCAUUUUUGUCAUCUGAAGGAAAGUUUUCUCGAAACGAGCCUUCCACUCUCCAAAUCGGAAGUCCGCAUAUCUGACCCUCUAUUACAGAGAAUGGAGCAAUUCCCUGCAGCGGAUGGGACUAAAUACUUACCACAUCUGAUCAACUUUGGAGGUUCAGCAGCUUCUGUUGGAAAUAUG